AUGGAGCUAAGACUAGUUGUUUUAUCGAUCGCGUGUUUCGCCUGCUUGAUUCCAUCAGCUGUCUCCAUCAACCUGCUGGCAGCCAAGGCCGUGGCGAGCCAGGCCGCGGGAGACAUCGCUGCUAUUGGAGCUAAAACUUUAGAAGCCAAGAAGAAUGCUAUUGUUAAAGCUGCCAAUGAAAUCGCUGCUAUUGCCGCACAGGGAGCUACUCAAAAAGGUGAAGCAAUAAAGACAGCAGCUACCUCCAUGGCCGGCGCCAUGAUCAACGGUGCCUUAUCUAUCGGAGCUACCAUCGCGAAGGCUGGUCUGAACAUGAUAGCUGCUAAGUUCACUCACCCCACCGUGGUCUACGAACCUUCCAUCGUUAUCAAACCACCAGUGGUGCAGGAUGCCAUCAUUGAAGAGAAAAUCGUCGAAAAACCCGUUGUUGUUGAAUAUGAUCAAGAGAUCAAGCUCCCGGUCCAGAGCCGACCAAUCAGCAGUGUCUCCGUAGAUGUCAGUCCGGACUUCUUCGACCUGCCAGCGCCUCCCCAGCUGCCCUCAGUGUGGACUACCGUGGAGGAGGUAGCUCCAGCCUUCGAGUUUGUCGGCCAUGAUAACUCCCCUUAUGUUUAUGAAAUUGUCCAGACACCUCAGGUACAAUAUGGACCGCUGAUCGAGUCGUUCCAAUUCAUCAAAUGA